AUGUCGAAACGGAAGCCUGGAGUCGGAAACAAGUCAAGUGGAGACAAAUUAGAGCGUUUGCAACGUGUCGUACAGAAUGAAAACAAUGCACGGAAUGACGACGAAAUAUCUGUGGCUGCAUCGACACGAUCCACUGUUUCUGUGCACGAAAAAGGAACCAAUGGACCAUCUGAACCUCCAGCGACAUUGGCACGAACCAUAUCCGUUACCGCAGAAGCUGUGAUAGUUGAGCGACGGAACCGUCGAGGCUUGCUUGCACAUCUUGCACUAAUCCCAGAGGUUGAGAAUCCGUAUCACUACGCCCGGAAGACCAAAUGGCUUGUCGUUGCUAUUGUGGCCUUCUGUGCAAUGGCUGCACCUAUGGGAUCGGCUAUCGUGAUGCCAGUCCUGCAAGAUAUCGCGAAAGUAUUCAACGCUUCUCCCGUCACGGCAAAUAUGAGUGUUGCGGUAUAUAUGUUGGCCAUGUCAAUAUUUCCCAUAUGGUGGUCCGCGUUCUCUGAGACUGGCGGGAGAAGGACGAUCUAUUUGAUCUCAUUUCUCAUGUUUACGGUCUUCUCUAUCCUAUCAGCGGUGUCGACGAACAUUGCCAUGCUGGUGGUUUUCCGUACAUUUGCUGGAGGAGCGGCCGCCUCCGUGCAGGCCGUUGGUGCUGGAACAAUCGCCGAUACUUGGGAACCUCGAGAGCGAGGGAAAGCUAUGGGUGUCUUCUAUCUGGGUCCUCUUUGUGGCCCUCUCUUUGCACCCAUCAUUGGUGGCGUACUUGGACAAGAGCUAGGCUGGAGAAGCACGCAAUGGUUUCUGGUAAUUUACGGUGGCAUCACGGUUCUUCUGAUUAUCUUUGCCUUACCAGAAACUCUACGCCGUAAAGAUCAGACUGAAUCACAGCAACAAGUCCAACCUGCUUCAAACGAAAAGAACGACGUAAGGCCUGAACUCAAACGUGUAUCAACCCGGCAAUCCGUUCAACAAACAACGAAAUCAUGGGCAAAAACAACUCGUAAAAUGCUUCUGGACCCUCUGAUCAUCAUUACAUGGAUGCGCUAUCCGCCUGUUGCGCUUACGGUCUAUUAUGCCAGCAUCACCUUCGGUUCACUCUACUUCCUGAAUAUCAGUAUACAAGCCACCUUCUCUUCUGAGCCGUAUAAGUAUUCCACCUUAAUCAUUGGCCUCCUGUACAUUCCAGGCUCUCUUGGAUAUAUGCUGGCUUCCCUCUUUGGCGGCCGUUGGAUUGACCGCAUAAUGCAACGCGAGGCACGAAAAGCAGGCCGCUACGACGACAAAGGCAAACUGAUCCUCCGCCCAGAAGACCGCAUGCGAGAAAAUGCUUGGAUAGCAGCCGUCCUCUGGCCCGGAGCGCUCAUGUGGUACGGCUGGACGGCAGAGCAUGGCGUAAUCUGGAUCGUCCCCAUGAUCGCAAACUUCUUUUUCGGCAUCGGAUCCAUGCUGAUUUUCUCCCUUGCUACAACCAUGCUCACCGAGUUCAUGCCCAAGCGAGCGAGUGCCGGCGUGGCAAUCAACAACUUCUUCAGAAACAUCUUCUCCUUUAUCGGCGCGGUCGUAGCAGAACCUCUUAUUCACGCUAUCGGCAAUGGAUGGCUCAUGACAAUUCUGGGUCUGUGGAGUCUUCUCAGUGGCAUCGCCGUUAUUUAUACCAUGAAGAAAUGGGGCCCUGCUUGGAGGGACAAGAUGGUGAAGGAAUUAGGAUAAUUUUCUCCAUUUAUUAUAAAAAUGGGCGGUCAUACAUGUUUGCAAAUAUCGUUCUUUCUUUUCGCAUCCUUUCAAUACAUCAAGCACAGCAUAUAACGCAGCAUAGCGAUCUUUAAAUAAAAUCCAAAAUUAUCAACUUCG